ACUCGGAUGUGGGAGGAGUUCAUUGAGGACAUGGAGGAAAACUAUCAAUCGGCUUCCUGAGACCCAGAGGUUUCAGCUGUUUGCACCAGAUUGUCCAAAAUGAAGAUUAAUGUGGGCACAAUCUUAGAAGUGGCAAAUCGUCAGUGUUCUGUCGAGAUUACAAACAACUGCAGCAAAUAUGUUCUGUCGAAGCCCAGUGUCCACAUUGUGAGUGGUUUCUGCGCUGAUCCUUUGCCACCACUCAUCAACCCAUGGUCAUCUGGGAACGCAUUGUUCGCCAAGACCCCCAACACAGCUUGUGGAUCUGUGGGAGUCUUCACUUAUGACCUCGUCGAUCAUGUAAAAAAGGAGACCACAAUGAAAAUUGCCGUCAUGUUCUCUGUGCCCUAUGACUUCAACCUCUACUCCAACUGGUUUGCAGUGGGGAUCUUCGACAAGUACACAGUGUGUAACUAUGAGCUGUACUAUAAGAUGUACUACGAUAAUGACAAAACAUUCACAAGAAGCAAAGCAGAUGGAAAUUCACUGACCCAUGAGGACAGUGAUGUCACUGUCAUGGCAACCAUGUCCAAUUCAUACCAACCUGUGAUGAAGGUGGAAGUUAAUUGACUGAAAUCAAGGAAUUAAAAUAUGGGGUAAGGAAGCUGUCAAAAUAUUUGUGUUCAUAAGAUAGAAAUGUGCGCAUAUUAGUCUGUAGUUGUGCAAAAAUAAAUAUGUCUAAACUCUUGAAUGAGUUCAGUCGUACAUAACAUGUAUUGUGUGUAUUUUAUCAGAAUACCAAUGAAUAAGUUUUGACAAGAAUUACAAACACGAAAUGUAUCUUUACGAUUGCACUUUCUCCAUCACAAAUACAAAUUCAUCGACGUGACUCUACUGUCAAAAAUCCAUCACCACUUCACAGGCAUUAUUUAUGGAGCAGAGGAUUCAGGGAUUCCACGGACUGACCCUGAGUUCAGGUUCCAGAUCAAGGCCAGAUCAGGCUGGAUCAGUGUUCAAGAUGGACGACGAGUCACAGAACAAAAUCAGGUCCAAUCCGACCAUGAGUCCAUUGUUCUGACCACAGAGAAGGAACCUGAACUCAGUGUCAGUCUGUGGAAUCCAUGGAUCCUCUGCUAUAGACUCUAGACUAAUAUGCACACUUAUCUGUCUUAUGAAUAUUUUGACUCCAACCUUACCCCAUAUUAAAAGGCUAAAAUAUCCCUAAUGGCUCGUUUAUUCUCCGCUAUAAUAAUUUGCUUCAGUUUAGAUCAUAGCAGAAUUUGUGCAACAAUAAUGUUUAACAAAAGCAAAAAACUCAUAACUAUUUGAUUUUGUCAUAUGGUUUUACAUCCUCUCUGUUGAAACUAUAACAUGAAGUAAGUGUUGGGCAUUGCAUUAAAUAGUAUUAUGGUAUGUUUUGUGUUAUAUAAUAUAUAACACGUAAUAAUCACUGGACCAAAAAAAUCAUUUGCAGUAGGAUUCUGAGCUAUGUGAACAUGCAAAAAAAAGAGAACAAAUGUCCAAACUUGUACCAACCUGUUUUAGAGAGCUGGGUUCUGAAAGGAAUACAGGAUCACCAAUGAGUUCUUCUAAACAAAAUAUAUAACAAAAACAAAAAACUCAUAACUCUAUUUGAUUUUGUCAUAUGAUUUUACAUCCUCUUUGUUGAAACUAUAACAUGAAGGAAGUGUUGAACAUUGCAUUAAAUGGUAUUAUGGUAUGUUUUUCCCUUGUCAUUGUAUUUCAGUGUCAGGUGUGAAGCACCUUGAAUUGCCUUGUUGCUGAAAUGUGCUAUACAAAGAAACUUGCCUUGCCUUGAUGUCCACAUUUAGGGAAAUAUAUAGAAAACUUUUGGACUUAGUGACAGAUUUAAAAUGACACAGUUUCAAUUCUUGAUCCUAUUAUGAUGUAAAGACCAAUGUGUCUAGAAAACAAGUCCAAUGUUUUUAAUACAAGCAUGUGUUAAACAUGACAGUAAUAAACUAACAAAUGAGUGCAAACAGAGCAAGAGCAACUUUG